ACGCAGGAUACUUCAGCAACCAUGCAUGCCUCUGCCACUGCGUUCAGGAAUGCCGUUUUCGGCUUUCUCUGUGUCAUUGCCCUGCUACUUUCCUUUGUUCAAGCAAUGCCCGUAGCAAAACAGCCAAGAUUACCUGUAAGGCCCGAGGACUCCACUGCCUCGAGUGGUCCGCCUAUGAUGAACCCCACAGAGGAAGGUCUUCGAAACUCAGAGACGGGGUACGCCACUAGACAUGUAUCUCCGUACUUGCAGCUGACAUAUUUUGCAGUUCCUCAGGCGUGUUCACCUGAUGCUGCUGCGAGAGACCGCUGGGCAGAUGAGCUAGUGUAGAGCAAGCCUGGGGAUAGUACUUGUCCGGCUCCCCAGUUCUGAUUCAUGCUCGGAACCAGGCAUGCUUAAUGUGAACUGUGUAGACUCGAAUGCAGCAUGUCUGAGCUUCGGUGCCUGAAACAAUAAUAUUGUCGCUGUGUGACU